UCUCUCUCUUAGUAUCCAAACCUGACAUAUCCACUGAACUGCCAGAACCUCACAUUAUCACAUCAUCAUCAUCAACCCUUGCUAUUGUCCUGCUAAAUGAAUCUAGCUUAUUGUCCUCCUCCCCCCUCCACCACCUGCUGUGGCUGCUGUGAUUGUCUAGACGUUGGGAUGCGAUUGGCCCAUUUCCCUCCUCUGUUUCCCCUAAGGAGAACCUUAAAGACUGCUAUGCAUCAAUAUCUCACUGAGCUUCACGGCAACACCUGAAUAUUUCCUUCUGAUUUGGCUCCAGGUGUUUGUUUAUGCCUGCCAGACGGUUACAGUAGAGCACAGUGUCGGUAGUCUCAGUACGGUAGGGAAGUCAUCACAUUAUAAAAUCACUAUCAUAACACACCACAGGCAGAGGGAGGGAUGGAGAGAGAGUUGGCUUAUGUUAGUUGGCUCUCUCUCUCUCGCACACAUGUACACUCUCCCCCCCUCACUCUCUAUCUAUUCUGUCUCUCUCUGUCUUCCUCUCCUCCCCUCAGUCUCCAUCUAUUCUGUCUCUCUCUGUCUUCCUCUCCUCCCCUCAGUCUCCAUCUAUUCUGUCUCUCUCUGUCUUCCUCUCCUCCCCUCAGUCUCCAUCUAUUCUGUCUCUCUCUGUCUUCCUCUCCUCCCCUCAGUCUCUAUCUAUUCUGUCUCUCUCUGUCUUCCUCUCCUCCCCUCAGUCUCCAUCUAUUCUGUCUCUCUCUGUCUUCCUCUCCUCCCCUCAGUCUCCAUCUAUUCUGUCUGUCUCUCUGUCUUCCUCUCCUCCCCUCAGUCUCCAUCUAUUCUGUCUGUCUCUCUGUCUUCCUCUCCUCCCCUCAGUCUCCAUCUAUUCUGUCUCUCUCUGUCUUCCUCUCCUCCCCUCAGUCUCUAUCUAUUCUGUCUCUCUCUGUCUUCCUCUCCUCCCCUCACUCUCUAUCUAUUCUGUCUCUCUCUGUCUUCCUCUCCUCCCCUCAGCCUCCAUUUAUUCUGUCUCUCUCUGUCUUCCUCCCCCCUCACUCUCUAUCUAUUCUGUCUCUCUCUGUCUUCCUCUCCUCCCCUCAGUCUCCAUCUAUUCUGUCUCUCUCUGUCUUCCUCCCCUCGGUCUCCAUCUAUUCUGUCUCUCUCUGUCUUCCUCUCCUCCCCUCGGUCUCCAUCUAUUCUGUCUCUCUCUCUGUCUUCCUCUCCUCCCCUCAGUCUCCAUCUAUUCUGUCUCUCUCUCUCUGUCUUCCUCUUCUCCCCUCAGUCUCCAUCUAUUCUGUCUCUCUCUCUGUCUUCCUCUCCUCCCCUCAGUCUCCAUCUAUUCUGUCUGUCUCUCUGUCUUCCUCUUCUCCCCUCAGUCUCCAUCUAUUCUGUCUCUCUCUGUCUUCCUCUCCUCCCCUCAGUCUCCAUCUAUUCUGUCUGUCUCUCUGUCUUCCUCUCCUCCCACGUGGAUUAAUGCUGGCCCACCACAGUAUAUUUCUAUCCAUCAUUCUGCUGGGUGUGUGGGUAUUAGACAGUGCUGGCGGUGCAGACUGAACUCAGUCGGCGUGUCAACGAUCGCUAAAUGCUCUCUGAUGCCCCGCCACCGUGGAGGUAUUCCACAGGCCCUAUUUACACCGUGGAGUUAUUCCACAGGCCCCAUUUACACCGUGGAGGUAUUCCACAGGCACCAUUUACACCGUGGAGUUAUUCCACAGGCCCCAUUUACACUGUGGAGGUAUUCCACAGGCCCCAUUUACACCGUGGAGGUAUUCCAGAGGCCCCAUUUACACCGUGGAGGUAUUCCAGAGGCCCCAUUUACACUGUGGAGGUAUUCCACAGGCCCCAUUUACACCGUGGGGGUAUUCCACAGGCCCCAUUUACACUGUGGAGGUAUUCCACAGGCCCCAUUUACACCGUGGAGGUAUUCCACAGGCCCCAUUUACACCGUGGAGGUAUUCCACAGGCCCCAUUUACACCGUGGAGGUUUUCCACAGGCCCCAUUUACACAGUGGAGUUAUUCCACAGGCCUUAUUUACACCGUGGAGUUAUUCCACAGGCCUUAUUUACACCGUGGAGUUAUUCCACAGGCCUUAUUUACACCGUGGAGUUAUUCCACAGGCCCCAU